AUGGCCAACUUUGGCGACGUGACCAUGCUUAAACGCACGCUUGGUCUGCAGCAAGACCGUUACUCCCAGUACAUUGGACCAACCACCGACUUUGAGCCCUCACUCAUCAAUCUCUCUUCUUUUGAUCCUCACGAUGAGAGUCUGUUGUCGCGUGGCACUCUGCGAAAGGUUAGCGAUGUCGAGACUUUCCUGUUGUUACCCGACCAGAAUACACCAGGAUUCGAGCACAUCAACGAAGAUAUCGACGAGAUCGAGCGUAUCGUCGCACCAAACGGUCGGCGACUCGUCGACCUCUACUUCCGCGUCGUUCAUCCGAGCUUUCCGAUCAUCCAAAAGACGGUGUUUUACGAAAAGUACGAAAACGCACUUCGCGACAUACAACCGGCCCUUCUUGCUGCUAUCUAUAUCCUCGCAAUCAACUGGUGGGAUCUGGACGAGGAGCUGUCCAACCAGGUCCGCCCCGAUGUCCCUGAACUCGAGCGGCUUGUCCGCACAACACUGGCCGACUCGAUGUUCCGCCCCAAGCUGUCCACGGUGCAGGCUGGCCUGUUGCUGUCACAGCGGCCCGAGGGUGACCAAUGGGCGCCGACAGCCCAGCUGGUGGCGAUUGCCCAGGAGCUCGGUCUGCACUUGGACUGCACGAACUGGAAGAUCCCGCCCUGGGAGCGCGGGUCGCGGAAACGACUUGCGUGGGCGCUGUAUAUGCAGGACAAAUGGGGUGCACUCGUCCACGGCCGACCGUCGCACAUUUUUGCCAACAACUGGGCCGUGAAGCAGCUGCUGCCCAACGAUUUCCAGGAUGUUGAGUGGGACGAAGACGAUACGGAGGAGCGCAUCGAGAUCGAGCGCGGUCGCACGUUGUUUGUGCAAAUGGUGCAGCUGACACAGGUCAUGGCGGAGAUCCUCGAUACGUUUUAUACGCUGCAGGCGAUGGAGAGCGUGACGGCUGCCGGCCCACAGGGCACGCAGCUCGUGUUGACACUCGCCAAGCCGAUCCAGUUGAAGUUGAAGGAAUGGUACUCGGCGCUGCCGGCGGCCGUGCGCAUGGACUCGUCGGUGUCCGCAGGCGGAUCGACAAACAUCAGCGGGCUCCGCCUGUCCAGCAUUGGCUACCUCCACUUGGCGUACUUUGCAGCCGAGAUUACCCUGCAUCGCCGCAUCAUCCGAUCCAUGACGUCGCCGGUCGACUCGCAGUCCAGCACACCGCAACUGGCUUCGUCUCCGACUAUGCUGUCGAACAGCAGCAGCGCCGCUAAUCUGACGGCGAGUGUCGGCGGUGCUGAGCCGUACGUGCAGCACAUCUGUCGCUCGGCCGCCAAAGCACGCCUCAUCUCGGCCAUGGAUUUUGUCAACCGUCUCACCCCAAGCCAUCUACGUGCGUUCUGGUACUUUGCUUCCAAGACCAACUUUGCUCUGAUCGGUACCUUUGGUAGUUUGCUAUGGGCCACGUCUCCGGGCCGCGAAGAGGCCGACUGGUAUCGCCGGCGGCUAGGCGAGUACCGGUGGACGUUGUCCGUCAGCUCCAAGCCUGGCGAGGGCAAGGGUCUGACCAACUUUGCCAUGGGCAUGCUCGAUAUCAGCACCGGCCUGCUUAAGACGCUUCCCGAGAAGCCGAGUUUCAGCCGCAGCGCCAGCGUUGUCGAUAUGGACGCGGCCCGCCGCCAGAGCAUCCUGGCUCUGGGUGUCGGCACGGGCGGUCUCGGCAGCGGUGCAACAAGUAGUUCGUUUGGCGGCGGUGGCGGAUACGGCAACAGCUUCAGCGGUCUCCACAGCACGGACGCGAGCAACGCGCAAAGCCCCAAGAGCUCCGAUGAUGAUAGCAGCGACGAGGGCGACUACGCCAAUUUUGGCCCGUCGGGUAUGGCGAACAUUGCCGAGUAA